UCCUUCAUUGUUUGCUUAUGGAAAAUAAGGGGGAGUGACAAAGAAGAGAAGGGAAAGGGAGAGAGAAAAGAGGGAGGCACUGACCACAGUGCAGAACCACCCAAUAACCUUGUCUUAUGUGAUCAUUAACCUUGCUGGAAAAUGCAGCUGGCAGUUUACAUUAGAAUGUGAGCAGAGACACAGAUACUGCAGAGGCAUUUCAAGGAUUUUUGAUUUGCUGCAAGUAUUAUAAAUAUUUCAUCUAUUUUGUGUGACUUCAAAAUGAGAUUCCAACAGCUCCUUUAUAUCUUAUUUUUUCUCUUGAUGAGUCUAAUCCUUAUCAAUGGACAGAGGCCAGCUAACCUGGCCCUGCGCAGAAAGCUGCACAGACACAACUGCUCCCACAGGCGCUGUAUGCCUCUCCACUCCAGAGUGCCCUUUCCCUGAGAAAGAAGAAUGAAAGAGGAAACCAGUAAAGAAAAUGCGAUGUGAUAGCUGCAGCAUUCUAAUCAGUGCAGGUGUCCAUGUAAAAGCCGUCGCCACAUUCAGAACCUUAUCAGACUCCUCCUGGAACAACUUCACAGGAGUUUCAGAUUUCUCUAAGUUGGGAAAAACAAUGGAAUCACAAAGGACCCCUUUUAGGAACUUGGGAAAAUCAAGAGUGCCAUAAAAAGAUAAGUCAUUCUUUCUACAUACCAACAAAUAGCCAUGUGGGUAACAACAAAGCAUUGUAGCUUUGAACAUUUUCAAAAAUUAGACCAUUAUACCACUGAAAGAGCUAAUAUAGUUAUUAUUUACCAUUCACAUAUGUCUGUGUAUUUCUAUUUAGAUUUAAUACCUAGUAAAGAACAUGAAAAAGAAUGGUGAAAAAGAAAUAUUUAAUAGUUACAUUUUAUGGACAAAUAUAUGGGUUUUAAUGUUUAUGGUAGUACUGGAUGUUUAUAUGUGGCCAUAAUUAUGCAAUUAACUUUACUAUAUUCCCAAGAAAAGCAUAAUGUAUCUAUCAGAAAGCUGUAAGUGCUAAACUCUCUUAGGAAGCAAAAAUCUUCAAUCUAGACUUUAGAAAAGAAUCCUGAAUGUCUUAGCUCUGUUUUGUCAUGUUGCAUACGAUAAAAGACAUAGGUCAUGAUCUUUGAUGGUUAUUUACGUUUAUAAAAUACCUACGUGCCUGUAUAUUUUGUAAAAAAAUAAUUAUGGUCUUCAAUUAAUGUCUCAUUUUAAAUAAACUUUGUACAAUUUUUGGUUUUAAUUUUAUACUCCUUAUGUAUAAAGGGUCCUGCACCCAAAGAAAAAAUAAGAAUUUACCUCAUUUCUUUUGUAAAUUUCAAAAGGGGUCAAUGUUAAACUUUUCCUACUCAA